GUAAUCGCGUUCUAGCCUUGUCACGAACCAUUGCGACCGGCGGUGUCUCCUAUCCUCGUACCGGUGUACUACGCGACAGAGCCAUCGCGGUAUUUCACCUGCCCGCUGUAGAUUCCUCUGUCGGAAGGCUUGACAGUUUUCGCGUGUUUCGAAAGCGACGAAAAGAGCGGUCCGUCGCGCGAUCGUGGAAAUCGAGCCCGGCGGCCAAAAAAGGUGUUCAUGUGUUACGACGCACGACAAAAUGAAGCUCACGACGAAGUGUUUCGGAAACAUCAGCAAGAUGCUGGACUUUUACUCGCAGUUCAACCCCUCGCCGCUUUCGAUAAAACAGUUCAUCGAUUUCGGACUAAGUGCUUGCGAAAGGAAGUCUUUUAUAUUCUUAAGGAAGGAGCUGCCCGUCCGACUGGCCAAUAUAAUGAAGGAGAUCCACCUGCUACCAGACAACUUGUUGAGAAUGCCUAGUGUGGGUAUAGUUAAUAAUUUAUACGUCACUUCGUUCGAGGAUAUCGUGCACUUCGAGAAGGUUGAAGUCAACGAGAACACUUUAGACGAAUUCUGCCAAACGUUAGUUAAAGUCCGUAAUAGGCACAAGGAUAUCGUCGAGACGAUGGCACAGGGUGUCCUGGAACUGAAAGAAUCGCACGACGUUGACGUUCAGACGGAGAAUAACAUUCAGUAUUUCUUGGACAGGUUCCUCAUGUCUAGAAUCUCCAUUCGGAUGUUGAUCAAUCAACACACAUUGUUGUUUGGCAGCGAACUAAACGAGCACAGCAGACACGUAGGAUCCAUAGAUCCGUCGUGUGACGUUAUCAGCGUCGUGAGAGACGCUUACGAGAAAGCGAGGUUGUUGUGCGAUCAAUAUUAUCUGGCUAGCCCGGAACUGAUAGUCAAGCAACAUAACGAGCUUGAACGGUGUAGCCAUAUUAGGAUAGUUUACGUACCGAGCCAUUUGUUCCACAUGUUGUUCGAGCUGUUCAAGAACAGUAUGCGAGCAGUUAUGGAACAUCAUAGCUCUGAAGAGGACUAUCCACCGAUAGAGGUGAUAGUGUCGCGUGGUAAAGAAGACAUUUGUGUGAAGAUGUCUGAUCGAGGUGGUGGCAUUCCACGUUCCCAAAUGGACCAUUUGUUUAAGUAUAUGUACAGUACAGCGCCUCGGCCAAGCAUAACCGACCCUCACAACGUUCCACUCGCUGGAUACGGUUACGGUCUUCCAGUAUCGCGACUAUACGCCAGAUACUUCCACGGCGAUCUUGUCCUUCAAAGCUGCGAUGGUUAUGGUACAGACGCUAUCAUAUACCUCAAGGCUUUGUCCAAUGAAGCCAACGAGCUGCUACCGAUCUUCAAUAAGACUUCGUCGAAAUUUUAUCGGACUGCGGUGUCCACCACUGAUUGGAGUAGUCAGUGUGGCGGUGGAAUGGCGACAAGACAAUUACGUAUGAGCCAAGAACAGGGGCAUAAGCAUCCACGAAAGGAGGAAAAGGAGGAAAAAGAAGCUAGGUAUUGCUAGCGAAAUUUCAUCUCUGUAGAUCAAAGAAAGGGGAAGUGGCUCGAGAAAAAAAUCUAACACGACUUCUGCGUGGCAAAAUUGAAAGGAACAGGAGCCGAUCUGCGAUCGAAACCUCCGUAAUCGAAUUCGCAUUUUUUCACGAGAGGAUCGUAGACGACUGACCGUGAUGGUGGCUGAGAGCUGAAUCGUUGCUCGCAAGUAUGACACUACAUAUCACACGGUAAUCGAAAAUCCGAACCCAUUCCUCGUUGACCUGAACGUCGCCGCGUCGUCGACGCAACAAUGAAGGUUUUGGGAUAUUAAGGUGUUCCAGAAAAUAUUGCACGUAUCUCUAAACCCUACGACGACUUCUGAGGCCUCUAUAUUCCUUGCAGCUUAUUUGAUCCUACUUUCUCGUUAACUUGGCUUAAUUUUAUCGCAACUAUUUUACUAUUUUACGUAUACAGUCAGUGUAAUAAGUAUUAGUACAAGAACUAUUUAUUUUAAAUGGAUUGCUGUACGAAUACUUCUUACAUUGACUGUAAAUUAUGUUGAAAAGUAUAGAAACAAUAAAUCUAAAUAUUAUAUUGUAUUGGGUAACGAAUUAGUACUUAUAGCUAAUACCUAUAACUGUCAACUAACUGUCAACUACAACAAAACAUUGAUUCGAACAUAAUGAUCAAUGAUCUGUAUUCGGUCUAAGAUCAUUUGUAUUUCUCUUCAACAUCAUUCUAGUUUUUUUAAUGGCACAAAACUACGCACAUCUAACUUUGAUGAAAUCAUAGUUGUUCCAUUUCCUCUGGUGCGGAAACUGUGUCCAAGUCUGAAUCAGGUAUAAGCAAAACUUAUUAAUUUGUUUUAUGAAAGGACUUUUUAGUAUAAGAGGAAGUUUAAUCUAAGAAAACAUAGUGAAGGGGAAAGCACAUUUUCUAUAAAUUUUUUCAAACAAAUUGAAUGAAUUAUAUUAUUUUAACUUAUGUUGUUCGAAGAGUAACAUUUGAACAAUAUUUCAUAAAUUUUUCAUCAAAAAAUAUUCAAACGGAAAAGUAUGAAACAUAUGUUUGUUGAGUAAAUCGUUCUAGACAUAAACAUGAUGAACAAUGAAAACAGAAACAUGAAAUAUAUUUUUGUAAUGACCAUAAAUUGAAUUUCUCAACAAUGUAUCGACCCAAAUAACAUGCAAUAUUUUAUGAGACACCUCAAUAACGUAGCGAAUUCAACACUUAGACUAUUUCAGAUUGUUGACUUGUUGUGUUUGCGCUUGACUGUCAUGUCGUGAUAGAUAUUAAAUUAUUAGCGUUGACUGGUAUAGAUUUAAUAGAUUCAAAUGGUUUAGGCCCGAGUGUUUUUAAGUAAGCAUUUUAAAAAUAAAAAACAAUGUUCGACACUUUCUUUGGACGUUUUGUAAAAAGAGAUUGUUUUCUUCGUUUAAUACUAUACAUGCGUGAUUGUGUUCACGUUUUGCGUUUAGUAAGUCAGCAUUUUAAUUUUUAAUUGGCUGAACUUUGUCUCAGGGCCCAUUUUUAUUUUUGUUAAAACUUAUCAGAUCUUGUAAUUGUUGACCUGAAAAGUCCGAAAAUGCAAGUUAAAAGUUUAGAAAACCAAUAUUUUAAAAGAUACGAGUACAUAAAGAUAAGUCUUUAUUUUUUGAUUAGUUUUCAUUUGAUAGGUUUUAACAAAAAUAAAAUGGGCCCCUGAGUCAAAGUUUAACUUUUCUUCUAAAGCGAAUUGCACACGAAUAACAAACUGUGAUUUAACACUCGAUUUUAAUUGAUUAGCUAGACAAAUUGUAAACGUGUUUAUGUAUGUACAGCGCCAACACGUGUCCGUUACCUGUGACGAUGUAAAAAACAGAUGUCGGUUUAAUUGAUUACUUCCGUGCGAGAGCUACAGAAACGGCGAAAUGCGAGUCAAAUAGUAAACAAUACUAUUAGGUGAAUGCAUAAUUAUACGACGUUUUUAAAGAUAUUAUUAGAAUAUGUGAGAAUGACUGCUCUAAAGAGUAUUGUUUGUUUACUUCAAGAACUCCCACUGAUUUCACAGGCAAAAAAGUACUGGUUCUCCGAGGUUAUCUGCGCUUUGACAACAAGUUUGAGUCACAAGUUCAUACAAAUGGUAUGUCAUACUUUUGUCCUCUUUCGCAGCCACUAGAGCUUGGUCAUCUGAAUCUGAUGGUCAGCCUCUUCUUGGCGUAUACUUCAAGCUCUUAUCACCAAACUUGAAGUGAGCAAACUAUUCUUUACAUUGACUUUAACUAAUUGUUCCCUUUCGUUACUACCAUCGUAUACAUUACUUAUUUUUUAAAUACAGGCACCAAAUGCCAAACAGCGUAACAUUUUAUUUUUCGUUGUACUUACUGCUUGGUAAUUACCAAUAGAUGUAACUGGAUUUAUAAUUAAUCAACCACUACUAAGCAUCACUAAUCAGUGGUACUAUAUACUAUAGCUUAGUAUAGUUUAGCAGAGUUUAGUGUCCUUGACAUAAUUGAUGGUGUUUUGCACAUGUUUCUGGGUUCAAAUUGUACUUCCUUCUUUGUACCUCAAAUCUUCUUCACUCGUACAGCAGGUGAUCAAUUGCAUAACAUUUUAAACAGCCAAAUGCUGACACUUUACAACCGAAGAAAGGCGAUAAAGUAAACUGAAAUUUAAUAAUAGUUUCAUUUAUACAAAAUCCAUAGCUCAGAACUUUUUUGCAUACGUCUCCUGAAAAAAUUCUAUGUCAAGAAAGAGUAAUAUUAAAAUGACAGAAGAAUAGAGAAAAAAAUACGCCGGAUAAUUAUGCAUCAACCCAAUAUUAGCAGUCCUGUUCACAAGCCCAAAAGGUUACCUCACUUUUUCCAUUAGCAUGUGUGUCCUACAGUGACGCAGAUGCUUCCCACAUGAAUCUCACCCGUGCACAAGUCUGCUAAAUUUUAUCAGUAAUACUCUUUGCCUCUCUUGGAGGAUAUUGUAUACAGGGUGAAGUGGAAUUCGUAGUAUAUCUGCCAGGGUGUAAUUCUAUGUGAGAAAAUAAGACAAAAAUUUAGUAUAAAACACUUUUUCGUCGAUUGCUCAUCUAUCUAAACGAUUGAAUACGAUUUGAUUAUUCUGUAUUCUACCACCGGUUGUCUCUGUCUGAGCUAAUGUUUGUAAACAUUGACAACAUAAUGUAAAAUGUAAUGUAAAAUAUGUAAUAUGUCCAGAAAAUUUGAUUUGCAACAAAAGUGACUUUAGGUUGAUAGAAAAAUAAUGUCGGUUUUUAAACUAUAUAUUUAAAUCCACGUAUCAUAAAUUGACUUUCCUAAAUGUCUCUACAACUAAAUUGUCUUAUUUUUUAAUGUAGAAUCAUAUCCUGCUCUGUAUACCGUAAAUGGAUGGAAAGGAUCAUUACCGAAGUCUCUAAUUUUCAAGUGAAAUAACUUUUAUAAGACUAAAUGGAAAGAGAGUUCGAAGCGAUCGAUUCUUUUACACGCGGAAACACAUAAAUAGAUACUUUCGUAUGAAUCCGUUUAUAUUCUAAGGUAUUUACAUGCAUUUGCCAGGAGGAUGUCAUGAUUUCAAAGAGUAUCGUACAUCUGUUCGAUCACCAUUUCCAACAGGAGAUUUAUAUUUUUUGUAUUCGUUAUCCGUUAUUCGAAUAGAAUUUGUCCCAUCUCUCUUUUCAAGUUCGAAACGAAAAUGACUAUACUGUUUAUUCGAACGGGAUAUUCGCAAAAUGUAUAUACCUUAGAAUGAUAAAUUAUUUUUUUAAGUCUCUAAACUUAAGUAGUAUAUUGGAAGAAAAGGGAAAAUAUGCACAGCGUUAACGACGCGAAGAUUUUGCAUAAUUUUGUGAGUUCUGUACAAAAUUCGUGUCAAGAAGAAUUUAUCAGCCGCGAAUGUAUUCUAUACGUUCCCCGUGUAUAUAAUCUUAGAUUUUUAGAGCAAUCAGAACAUUAUCUGUAUAGGCGAUAAAUAACUUUUAGCUGUAAUUACAGACCCUAGAGAUAUUCAAGGCGUAACACCAGCGAACUCUUAUAAGACAAUUGUUAAUAAAUAUAUUAUAUAAUAACUUGC